GCCAAGGUCCACAUUAUCCCCACUUUAGAGGUGAAAAAACUGAGUCACAGAAUCACCUAAGUGGCUGAGUUGGAAACACAGGUCUGAGACCAGCCACACACCGUGUAGAGAGAAGAAAAUUUGCCUGGACUGCAGCCAGUGGAGGGGAGCUGCUCACGCCAUGGCAGUGGCCUGGACAGAAGGAGGAUGCCUGUCAGGGAGGGUCCUCUCAGACGCUGCCCCAAAGCCAGCACUGAAUAGCAGUGCCCAACACAAGCCACCUCCAAGUCCCCACACCCAGCGGGGACCAGAGCCUGGUGUGCCUGCAAAGGCCAGUGACUGGGGGAACAGCCUGGGAUUCCCCUGAGCCAGACAGUGAGGGCUGCACGUGUGUGCACGUGUGCAUGCAAUGGUGCAGGUGCAGGCCCUGCGCAUGCGUGUAGCGUGUGUGCUGUGCCAUGUGUGCGCGCCCCACAGGGCAGUGGAGACAGGUAAGGACUGGAUCCCUAGACCACGUCCCAUAAAUGUCUGCCGGGCCCCACCGCCAUACCCCAGGGCCAUCGCUAGCCUCCCCCAGCUCCUCUGGGUGCCUGCAACCUGGUGUCAGUGAGGCCCCCAGCCCCAGACUGGGGGAGACGGGUCCUCAGGCACCCAGAGGCUAAGCGGGAGCUGCUGGCCUGGCCCCCAGGCCCCCGGCACACCCUGGGGCUGACCUGGCUGCAGCAGCCCGCUUGGUUACAGCAUUUCCUCCCUCGCUUGCAUGCCGCUCCUCGGGCCCAGCUGUGAGCCUGGCCCGCGCAGGCAGGGCCCAGGCCGGUGUGAGCACGGCCAGCCACGGGGCCCCGCAGCUUCUAGGCCUUAGACCCUCAAGGUGCACUGUCCCCAGGCAGGCCGAGAGCCCACGGCCUCCCCCUCGGGACUCUCCCCACCCUAGCCACGGGGUGGGAGCGGGCCAUCCGGCCACCCACUGUCCUCCUGGCUGGCCUGCAGGGCUGUGGGACACACACCCCCAGGCUGCCCCUGGGCCUGCCACGGGAGCCACCCCUGCAGUCUCCCACCCCGACUGCCGACAGUGCCUCCCCAGGGCUGGAGGGAGUGUUUCUGUGCCCACUCCCUGGGGCAUUGGCACCUCCAAGCCUGUCUCACAGGCAGCUGGAGAAUCCAGGCCCCUCUGGCAGACGGGUACAGGGUGACCCCUCUCCAGGAAUAGGUGGGUGCCAGGGGCUUGGGCACAGGCAGGUAGCAAGGUCACAGUCAGCGGCUGCCCAAAGCCUGCCUGCCCGGGUCACUGUCAGCCAGAGAGCCUAGUGGUGGCAUCAGGAUGAAUCCAAUGUGAGCACACCUGUGGGGCCCAGGAGAUGGAGGACAUCUCCAGGGCCCCGAGCUGGCAGGUGAGGACAGGCAAGCGCUUUGCUAAACAAAUCCUCUGCCCCUCCACGCCCCGACUCCCCAUAUCUGGCGCCCCGGUCAGUCUGCCCACUUGCCGUCCCUGCUGGAAGCUGCCACCUGCCAUGCCAGGCCUGGCUCUCCUGGGCCUCGCGGCUGUCCUGGGCGUCAGGGCAGGGGCCCCGCUGUGCCUGUCCCGGCAGCUCAGCUGGCCAGGGGACUACGUGCUGGGGGGCUCUGCCCCCCUGGGCUCAGCUGAGGAGCUCUCGUCCCCUGGGCUGCUCUGGGCGCUGGCCACGACGAUGGCCAUGGAGGAGAUCAACAGCGGGUCCACCCUGAUCCCCGGGGCUGCGCCUGGGCUACAACUUCUCAACACGUGCUGGGAGCCUGUGGUCGCCACGAAGCCCAGCUUGGUGUUCAUGGCCAAGGCCGGCAGCUGCAGCGUCGCCGCCUACUGCGAUUAUAUGCAGUACCAGCCCCACGUGCUGGCCGUCAUCGGGCCCCACUCCUUCGAGGUCGCCCUGGUCACCAGCUUCUUCCUCAUGCCGCACGUCAGCUACGGCGCCAGCACGGACUGGCUGAGCAGCCGCGAGACGUUCCCGUCCUUCCUCCACACGGUGCCCAGCGACCGCGUGCAGGUGGCGGCCGUGGUGGAGCUGCUGCGGGAGCUGCACUGGAGCUGGGUGGCCGCCGUGGGCAGCGAAGACGAGUACAGCUGGCAGGGCCUGUGCCUCUUCUCUGGCCUGGACUACGCCAAGGGCACUUGAAUCGCGCGCGAGGGCUGGGUGCCGCUGCCCAGAGCCGGCAGCCCGCGGCUGGGCUCCGUGCAGGGCCUGCCACGCCGGGUGAACCAGAGCAGCGUGCAGGUGGAGGUGUUCUCCUCUGCCCGCACUGCCCGCACCCUCUUCAGCUACAGCAUCCGCUACAGGCUCUCGCCCAAGAUGUGGGUGGCCAGCGAGGCCUGGCUGCCCUCAAACCUGGUCAUGACGCUGCCCAGCAUGGACCGGGUGGGUACCGUGCUCGGCGUCCCGCGUCAGGGCGCCCAGAUGCCCGAGUUCCCGUCCUACGUGCAGACGUGCCUGGCCCUGGCCGCGGACCCCGCCUACUGCGCCUCGCUGGACGCAGGGCAGCCAGGCCUGGAGGAGCACGUGGUGGGGCCGUGCUGCCCUCAGUGUGACUGCAUCACCCUGGAGAACGUGACUGACGGGCUGCUGCACCGCCAGACCUACGCCUUCGCAGCUGUGUACGGCGUGGCCCAGGCGCUCCACAACAUGCUGCUCUGCGACACCUCGGGCUGCCCUGUGCGGGAGCCCGUGCGGCCCUGGCAGCACCCGGAGAACACGCACAACCUGAGCCUGCGGUUUGACACCAACGGGAACGUGGACGUGAAUCAUGACCAGAAGCUGUGGGUACGGUGGGACCGGACGCCCACACUGCGUACCGUGGGCACCUUCAAUGGCAGCCUGCAGCUCUGGCACUCCCAGGUGAGGUGGCACACGCAGGGAAACCAGCCUGUGCCCCAGUGCUCACGGCAGUGCAAGGAGGGCCAGGUGCACCGCGUUAAGGGCUUCCACUCCUGCUGUUACGACGGUACCGACUGCAAAGCAGGCAGCUAACAGCGCAACCCAGCACCCCCCUCUCCUCCCCCUGCCCUCUGCAGCAAGUGUGACCAGGACCACAGGUCCCCGGACUGGAGCACCGGUGCCUCCCCCGCCGGCCCAAGUUCCUGGGGUGCUUCUGCUCUGGCCCCGGCUCUGGGCCUGGUGCUGGCAGCCCUGGGACUCUUCAUCUGGCGCCGGCACAGCCCACGGUUCGGGCCUCGGGUGGGGGCCACAGGCCUGCUCUGCCUGGGCCUCGUCUGCCUCAGCGUCCUCCUGUUUCCCGGCCGGCCCAGCCCUGCCAGCUGCCUGGCCCAGCCGCCGCUGCACCACCUCCUGCUCACCGGCUGCUGGAGCACACCCUUCCUGCAGGCGGCUGAGAUCUUCGUGGGGUCAGAGCUGCAGCCGAGCUGGGCAGACCGGCUCUGCAGCCACCUGUGGGGUGCUGGCUGGUACUUCCCGCCGGAGGUGCCGACAGGCUGGCAAGUGCCGCCCACGGAGGCGCUGGUGCACUGCCACGUGCGCUCCUGGGUCAGCUUCGGCCUGGUGAACGCCACGCUGGCUUUCCUCUGCUACCUGGGCACCUUCCCAGUAAAGAGCCGGCCCGGGGGCUACAACGGUGCCCGCGGCCUGACCUCUGCCAUGCUGGCCUACUUCAUCACCUGGGUCUCCUUCGUCCCCUUUGCCGACGUGCACACGGUCUCCCAGCCUGCCGUGCAGGUGGGCGCCAUCCUCUUCUGUGUGCUGGGCAUCUCCCACCUGCCUAAGUGCUACCUGCUGCUGUGGCGGCCGGACCUCAACACCCCUGAGUUCUUCCUGGGAGGGGGUCCUGGCGAUGCCAGAGGGCGAGGCAGCAGUGGGGGCGGGGAGGAGACUCAGGGAGAAAACAAGCGACCCCUGACCCAGUGACCUCACCCCAGUGAACUCAUACCUAGUCAAGGUGCCCCCAGACCAAGUCCCUAUGCAGCAACCUAGACUGUGCCCCAACUCCGCUGUGACUCCCCAGCCCUACAUUCUGCUGACCUUGACCCCACAGUGACCUCCAGAGUGCAUAAGGGGCCUCAGCUCCGUGGGAUCUCAACCCCUGGGGCCCCAGAGGCAGGCUCUGUCCCUGCCCCAGCCAAGCCCUGGCCUGCACAGGUGACCCAGUGCCACUGUUCCAGACAGAGGCCCAUGGAGGCUUCCUCGGGGCCCCCCGUAGCCCAGGCUGAGCGCACAGGAAAGCCCCCAGCCAAACCAUGUGAAGGCAAAGCUGGAUACCACUUGCCUGGCUGGGCCCAGCCUGGGCCCCCCCCCCAGCAUCCUGUCCAAGCAUCGUAGGAGUGGGAGGUUGGCGGGUGGGUGGGGCUUUCUUGACCCCUCUGCAGGGGUGUGUGCCUGACUGUGGGCCCCAGUGCAGGGCAGAGACCCGCUCAGGAAGGAGGGGGCACCCAGCUUCCUGCUCUCCCUGGCCAGCGAGCCAGUAGAAUGUGGCCAGUCCCCUCCAGCACCGCGGACAGAGCCCGGCCAGGGUCGGGGGUCAGCACCAAGGCCAGCAGCAGCCGCAAGGACGACCCACCCCACCCCACCCUCCACCCCCCGCACCCCCCACCGGAGCCAGGAGCCAGCACCACAGACAGAAGACCGCCCGCCAGGACUGCUGCGGCCAGGGCCUUGUCGCUGGGUCCUGGGUCCUGGGUCAGCUCUCGGACGGACCCUGGGGAAGCUGACCCGGCCCCUGCACCCCAAUCUCCUAAAGUGGUUAAAAAGAGACACAGGUCACACGUCGGUCCCAUAAAAUUAAAUGCUUUUUAGUGUUUAAAAUAGCAUUUACACAGAAGCAGCUCUAUUAACUACCUGGACGACGCUCCAGCUCCGCACAGUAUCUACAGUGCAGACGUGUGCAGGCCAGCGACGCUGGACGGAGGGAGCAGCGUGCGUGCGUGCGUGCGUGCGUGGCCACCCCAGGACCGCGGGGAGGGGCGAACUGGCCACGCCCUCUGCCCCAGACCCCGCCCCGGCAGCAGCUGUGUGCAUCUGUGGCCCUUGCCCUCAGUGUCACCUUCCCUCUCCUGCCAUCUCCCCCUCACCGUCCUCCCGCACACCUUCAGACACACCGUGUGUCCCUGCGGGGUGGGGGUGAACACAUGAAACUCUGCUCCAGUGGCUGGGAGUGGGGGACAGCUGACUUGGCCGCCACCCCGUGGAGCACACAGGCCAGGCAAUAAAUAAAUAAA